AUGGCAAAGUCUAAUUUGGGAGCACAUAAGGUCACUUCGGACUGGAAAGAAGUCGUAGACUCUUCCGGCGAGUUCAAACGUAAGCCGAGUUCGUUUCGCAACUGGAUCUCAAGUCAACCCGGCGCCAUAUUUCCGCCCGAGCCAGAUCGGUAUCAUCUCUAUGUCAGCUAUGCUUGUCCAUGGGCCCAUCGCACCCUUAUCGUCCGAAGGCUGAAGGGGCUCGAGAAUUUCAUCAGCUUUUCUUCAGUUCACUGGGAUCUUGAUAGCAAAGGAUGGCGUUUCGUGCGUAGCGACGAACAUCUGCCCGGCGAUUUCGUUGUUCCAGAUCCCAUUGCAGGACACCAAGAUUUUACCCACAUUCGCCAAGUCUAUUUUGAAUCGGAUGCCGCCUACGAUGGCCGAUUUACCGUCCCCAUACUGUUCGACAAGAAGCUAAACAUAAUAGUGAACAACGAGAGUAGCGAGAUCAUCCGCAUGUUGUACACAGAGUUCGACCAUCUCCUCCCAGCCGAAAGCCGCCAAGUUCAGUUAUAUCCCGAACACCUUCAAGCGGAAAUUAUCGAGGCAAACACGUGGAUUUACGAAGACAUAAAUAAUGGGGUAUAUAAGACGGGUUUCGCCACAUCACAAGAAGUAUAUGAACGAAACAUCUCUAUUCUGUUCGAGGCCCUCGACAGGGCCGAGGCCCAUCUGACUUCGCAAAAAGAUGGUCCAUAUUACUUUGGUCAAAGUCUUUCCGAAGUCGACAUUCGUCUCUACGUUACUCUGAUUAGAUUUGAUCCCGUAUACGUGCAGCAUUUCAAGUGUAACAUUCGUGAUAUCAGGUCGGGUUAUCCGUUUUUGCAUAAAUGGCUGCGCAAUCUGUACUGGAACCAUCAGGCAUUCCGCGAGACGACCGAAUUUGAUCAUAUUAAAUGGCACUACACAAAGAGUCAUACUCAUAUUAAUCCAUUUUCUAUCGCUCCACUUGGACCCAUACCCCAUAUACUUUCGAUCGACGAGGAGGUUCGAGCCGCAAGCUCAACGAAAUCUAUUUCCCACACACUUUAA